AUGAUAGCAAAUUUUGUCCUGUUCGUAAUCCUGACUAUAAAAACAUACUCCUGUUUUCAUGUAAAUUAUAAAAUUUUAUCAAGCCGGAACGACAAGCAGAAUUAUGUGAAAACAAUUUCGUCCGUCAAUUAUUUGUAUAGCAAAUGUUCACUUAACAAAUGGUUUCCCUAUAAAUGCCUUCAAAAUAGUCAGCCAAGGAAAUACAAAAAUAAACUGUUGUCUUUUUUUUCAAAUUAUUUUACCAAUGAGCAAGACAGAUAUACUCUAAAUAAAGAGGAGAAGGAAUACCUAAGGAAGCUUGGGAAAACCGAGAGAGACAACUACAACGAGUUGGUUAAGGCCCACGAUGAGUUCAUUAAAACGUGUAAUGACAUUAAGAGCAAAUUAAAAUAUAAAGAUAUGUUUUUUUUUAUCACACAGAAAAUAAUUCAAAGAAAUUUGCACGACUUUAAAAGGAAGCAGAAGUUUCACCUGUUUGGAAAUGAUGAGUAUACCAGCGAGCUCUCUGUUGACUACAUAAAGAGCGCGAACAUAGAGGAAAGGGUAAAGGAACAGGUGCUGAAAAACCUGGGCGAAGAGUUGGGAGGCAGUGGGUACUUCCUCUUCCGAAUCUUUAAGUGGAAGAGCCUCCUAGAAGUAGUUAACAUUAGCACACUGAUGCUACCAAUCAGUGCACUUGGCUUGUUUCUCUCAAAGAUGGGCUUCUUUUCCGUCGCAGUGAAUAUGUUACUCACGACCCACUUCUUAACAUUCAGCAAGGACGGAAAGAGGAAAAUGAAAAUACGCACCUUACUCUUAACACUGCUACCGAUCCUAGUGCACUCCUCCCUCGGAGUGCUUUGCAGCAACAUAUUCCUCAAGCACUACCGGGCACAGAUCCCCUCAUUUAUCAAAAGCGAAAAUAUUUUGUCUUUUUUCAUAAAUGUGCAAUUGUAUGUAGCCUCCCUAGUGUAUUUUGUUAACACUGACAAGGAGGACGAUUUGGAAGAAGGGGAUAUAAAAAAUGAUUAUCCUGAUUUUAAUAAUGAUGAGUCCAUGGAGCAAAGUAGAUAA